UGCAGUAGCUGGGGUGAGUAAAACAAAAGUGCAGGCCCUGAUAUAAUUAUUACCAGCUGUAUCAUUCCGAGAUGAACUUGGCGCCAGGUCAGGUAGCCUUGAGUUCUGUUAACAACUGUGUUCAGAGAUUAGUCGGAUGUAACAAUCACCUGAAAGGGGAGAUUAAAGGGUCUCAAUGGGAUCCUUUGUUCUCGGUCUCAUUUGAUGCUUUGGGGCCUUUUCAAAUCACGUCGCGGAGGAGCUUUAAAUAUUUGGAGACCCAGGGGGAUGGUUAGUCGGCCUGCUGGGGCGAGGAAGGGCUCAAAGGGGCAAAGGGCACGGAGGAUGGAGAAGGGGUCUUUCUCGGUGGAGUGGCUCGCUCAGAGCAGCCACGAGAAAGCCCAACUUGCAAGCGGGGUGUCUUCCAUCUACCACCCCUCGCGGGGCCACCAGUCCCUGCCCAAGAAUGCAGCCAGUGCCAGCGGCGAUCAGGAGAAGGGAAACCCAGCGCUUACCAGGCCAAGCACUAGGAGCCGGGAGAGGCCGCCUGAGGGCACCCGGCGGGGCCCGGGAGACCAAGCUGCCCCGAGGGAGCUGCAGGAAACUGGCCCAAGCAGCGCCGCGUCCAGCCCGAAGGAAGAGGAGGAGGCGGGCGGGGAAGGCAGCGGCUCGGAGAGCGCCAGCUGCACCCAGCCGGGACGGCCCCGCACCAAGUUCUCGGCCUCGCAGCUGCAGGAGCUGGAGAGGAGCUUCCGGGAGCAGCGCUACAUCGGGGCCAGCGAGAAGCGGCGGCUGUCCAAGGUGCUGAAGCUCUCCCAGACCCAGAUAAAAACCUGGUUCCAGAACCGUCGUAUGAAGUUCAAACGACAGACCCAAGAUGCCAGGGUUGAAGCUCUCUUUUCAGGCUUACUUCUACCUUAUCGUUACCCAGACACCCAGACACCCAAUUAUCCCCCCGGGAUGGAGUUCAACGUCUCCUCUGCUGCUGCUGUGACCUGUUCCCUUCACCCAGCUAUGCCAAACCCAGCCCUGCUGCUACCUCCUGCUCCAACUCAAUCUCUUCAGCCAGUGGUGCCAACCCCAGCCCUGCUGCUGUCUGCUGCUCCAGGAUUUUCUUAUCAGUCUACAAUUCCAACGGUCUCUCUAACCCAGGAUCAUAAUCGACUGAGAUUCCAAACAUAUCUUCCUCCCUCUUAAACAUGCAUAAAAGUGCUCUGAGCUGCAAAAUGAACUUUUUUUAAAAUGAACUACCUGAAAUCAUGAAGAGUACUUAUUUAACUUAUUUUUAUUAAAGUUAUUAAAUAUAUUAAUUCAGUAUUUCAAAAACUUUAUUUUUUUUGGUUAUUUUGUCUUUAAAGCAGUGUUGUUAAAGGGACACAGUCAAGAACGGGCUCAAAAUGGUAAUUAGAAUAGGCUGACAAAUGGUAGAGCAAGUUGAUAUUGCAAAAAUUCUACUCCCUUCCUCCAACUGCAGACAUAUUGCCAUCAAAACUUCAAUGAAAACUCAUAACUGGGAAUAAUGGUGUGGGACUAUAGGAGUGAUUUUUGCUGAUUAUUAAUUUAUAAUAAUCCAACACUUUAUCAAUAAGUGUUAACCGUCCAACUUAUCUACUGAAUCCUAUCUGCAGAAAUACUAAUCUAUUAUAAUAGCUCAUGUAGUUCAUAAGUGUGUGUGGCAGGGGUGGUGGUGGAAUUGUUUAACAAGUGCAUGGGGGAGGACAAUAGGGUGCUUUUAGUUUCUAAGAUUAAUAACUUUACCAGAAUUUAAUAUUAACACUUGACAAUGUCCCUUUACAAACAUUGUCAAACUACCUCUAAGGAAACUCUUGUACUAAUUACAGUAAAAUAUAGUAAUGGGAACACUUGAUUGAAAAAGGGUGUGUGCUUGUGAAUGGUAAACACAGAAGUUUAAACAACUAUAUGGGACUAGGGACCAUCAUGGCUUUUACAAGUUCAUUUGUGGGUAGAGGCACCUUGUGAUUAAAUCUUUUUUUGGGGGGGAAACAAAACUGUGUAAGAACUAACAUCCAUUUUCUGUGAAAAAGCUACCACUAGCAAGCCAGAAAUGUCUCAUGUAAUUAAUACUUGUUUUCUUAUAUUUCAUGGAACGAAAUCUUGUACUCAAAACUCCUAUUUCAGGGAUCCUUUUCUGAGCGUUGCAAAAUUUACAUUUUACACUAAUUUUAAUAUUCAAAUUCCAUAAAUAUCUAGUCCUGUACAAGUGUCAUUCAAGACCAGUUAACUUCAGGAUGUUACUCACAAAUUUUAUCUGUGUAUGUGAUAAAUAUAAACUGACUCAGCAUG